AUGAAUAUCCCUCUCGAAGACUUGUUGCUCUGUUUUUUUGCAGCUGAAGGGUUGAAGUUCUAUGACAUUGAGGAAGGCAAAGGUCCUGUAGCUACACAAGGUUCAACUGCUCAGGUGAAUUUUGAUUGCCGUUACAGAAGCAUCACUGCAAUCUCCACCAGAGAGUCAAAGCUUUUGGCUGGGAACCCUAGUAUCGCUCAGCCUUACGAGUUCAAGGUGAGAUCUACACCAGGAAAGGAAAGGAAACUUGAGUUUGUAGAUAAUCCAAACGGGUUGUUCUCUGCACAAGCUGCACCAAAAUAAAUCUUACACUGAAACCAUGUUACCACAAUUUUAAAAUCAAUAUAUAAAAAUAUUAAAAUUUAGUGAAAUAUAUAUAUAAAUAUACACUAGUAUACAUAUUUUAAUUAUGAAUUUGUUUCCUCUUUAGCA